CCACCCUCACAAGUAACAGCAAGAUACUCCCCAUUCCCGGGAGUCCCUCUCUCUCUCUGCCUCUCUCACCAACUCCCGGAUUCCGUUUCCCACCCGCCCGCUCCGCUCUGGGCGCAUCAUUCCUUGCCAGCGGCCCACGCAAGUCCCAAAUCCCAAACCCCGCGCCGAUGGACACGCAGCCCGAGCCCAGCCGCGCCGCUCUUAUACGCCGCAGCCUGCUCGGGCAGCCGCGAUAACGCCGCCCCUCGAUCACGCUCGUUCGCCUCCCGCGCCGCCAGCGCGUUCGUACGUGCCGUCCGGCUCCGGUGGCCUUUUCGCGGCGGGAUGCUGGGGUCCGGGCUGAAUCUGGUGACCACGGUGAUCGGCUUCGGGAUGAGCGCCACCUUCAUCGUCUUCGUCUGCGCACGCCUCAUCUGCGGACGCGCCGCGCGGGCCGACGCCGAAGCCGACGCCGCCGCCGCCCGGGCCAUGGCGCCGGGCCCCGCGCCCUUCGACUUCGACAUCGAGUUCCGCACUGCGGAUCUCGGUCGCACGAUUGAGAACACCUGCAGUGGAUUGGAACCUUUUGUUGUUGCUGCAAUUCCUACAAUGACGUAUAGCUCUGAGGCGUUCCGUUCGAAAGAUGAUGCCCAGUGCUCCAUAUGUUUGGGUGAAUACGACGAGAAAGAGAUCCUGCGUAUAAUGCCCACAUGCCGACAUAAUUUUCAUCUUUCCUGUAUAGAUAUAUGGUUACAGAAGCAAACGACCUGCCCUAUAUGCCGAAUCUCGUUGGACUUACCGGGUGGAAAAACUAUUGUUUCCCCUGCCCGUAGCCGCCCUCAAUUAUCCGGCCACCCUGAGAGCUCUGCUGGUCGAUCGCCGCAUUGGAUACUUCCUAUGCAUCGUGAUCGCGGUGGAGGUAGAGGUAACCGACCGGCCUCACAAGAAUCAUUAGAAGUUCAAGUGGUGGUAACAUGAAAUGUGCCGAGGCAAAAUCAAAACGUGUUGGUGAGGCCAUGUUGUUCCUCGCGGAGCAUCGAGGACGUCUGCCAUUUGCAGAAAUCCUGUGCAUCCUUCCUGCAUCACAACACUUUGCGCAUCCAGUUGGAUGGAAUUUGUUUGUAGGCCUGGAGUUUAGGCAUGCUUUGUACAUCACGGGUUGUAGAGUAGCGGUCUCCACUCUUUCGCCACGGAGUGGCUCUUUGAUUGUUCUUCUUGAUAUGCAUUUGUUGUAUAUCCUCAAGGGAAAUAGUAGCACAGAUCAGAUGAGGAGCUGCGAAAAUGUUUGUGGCUUCUCUGCUCGUCAGACAAAUGCUAGCGCUUCUGAAAUGAACGCUGUAUCUACCCACUUUCCAGCUUCGA